CUCAAAAGGCUAUCGAUGUUUGCAAUCAUUUGUUGAUUACAUUUAACCACAAAUCUAUACAAUUAUCUCCUCUGAAGAUAUGAUUUCCAGUGAUAUCUGAGUUGAAUAUGUGGUGAAGAGAUAGUCGUAAAUGUGAUAACAUAUGAGUUGUUGAAGAAGUGGACGACAAGGACGACGACAACUAUAAUACGAUUGGUUAGAAGUGUUGAAGUGAUCGCCAAAGAGUGUUGUGAAUGAAUAAAUUACCGAAACUGAUGCUCAAGAGUGGCACCGGAUGUCGGGAUCAGAGCCAACAACACGGCCCACAACAGCAUCCGAUGCUCUCUCCGCACAACAACCCUAAUGUCAACCAUCCUCUGAGUCCUAAUGGCAGCUAUGGAUCCGUCAAAGGCAUAGCUCAGCCCUACUCUCCGCCGCCGUCUCCCACACACACGUCGGUCACCGCCAGUCACGACACACCCCUCCUGUCGGGUCCCGAACAGACCUCUGACCCCAAUUGGCAGGCAUUCAAGACGACUGUCCGCGAGAGGAACGCCGCCCUCUUUAACAACGACCUCAUGAGUGACAUCUCCUUCGUCGUGGGCCAGAAGGGCUCCAACAGUGGUCAGCAGCGGAUCCCGGCCCACAAGUACGUGUUGGCCACCGGAAGCUCUGUUUUCUACGCCAUGUUCUUCGGAGGACUGGCCGAAGAGCGGACAGAGAUCGAGAUCCCAGACGUGGAGCCGUCGGCUUUCCUCACGCUUUUAAAAUAUAUGUAUUGCGACGAUAUAAGUCUGGAGGCGGACAAUGUGUUGGCCUCGCUAUACGCGGCCAAGAAAUAUUUGGUGCCCCACUUGGCCCGCGCCUGUGUCUCAUAUUUGGAGACCAGUCUUACGGCCAGAAAUGCGUGCAUUCUUUUGAGUCAAAGUCUACUGUUUGAAGAGCCAGACCUCAUGCAGAGGUGUUGGGAAGUGAUCGACGCUCAGGCAGAGCUCGCACUCGCAUCCGAUGGCUUCGUUGAGAUCGACUUCCAGACACUCGAAUCCAUUCUCUCGAGAGAGACACUCAACGCCAAAGAGGUCUUCAUAUUUACUCAUUUUCUC